GACAAAGCAGGAUGAAAAGAUGGCUGACUUCUUGUUACCACCGGGUACUAACAGCUUCCACCGGUUCACGCCUGAAUCUUUGGCUGCAAUUGAGAAACGAAUCGCAGAGAAGCUUGCAAGGAAUGCGAAGCAGGAAUACAGAGAGCAGCUGGGUGAAGAAGAGAAACCUCAGCCUCAGUUUGACUUACAAGCCUGCAAGAAGCUGCCCGAUAUCUAUGGGACUGUGCCUCCAGAGCUCAUUGGAGAGCCACUGGAGGACCUUGACCCUUUCUACAAUGAUCGUAAGACAUUUAUAGUACUGAACAAAGGGAAGACAAUCUUUCGAUUUAGUGCCACUCCUGCCUUGUAUAUACUUAGCCCUUUCCAUCCAAUCAGAAGAACAGCAAUUAAAAUUUUGAUGUGGUUUUCCUUAAUUCACUUAUUUACAUUGUUCAGUAUGUUUAUUAUGUGCACUAUUUUAACUAAUUGUGUGUUCAUGGCACAAUCAGAGACUCCGCCAUGGAAUAAAUAUGUGGAGUACACUUUCACUGGCAUUUACACUUUUGAGUCAUUAAUAAAAAUAUUGGCGAGAGGAUUUUGCAUGACAGAAUUCACCUUCCUCCGAGAUCCAUGGAAUUGGCUGGAUUUCAGUGUUAUUGUUAUGGCAUACAUAACUGAAUUUGUGGACCUGGGCAAUGUCUCAGCCUUACGAACGUUCAGAGUACUACGGGCGCUGAAAACAAUCUCAGUCAUUUCAGGACUGAAGACCAUUGUAGGUGCACUUAUCCAGUCUGUUAAGAAACUUGCUGAUGUGAUGAUCCUGACCGUUUUCUGCUUGAGUGUCUUUGCCCUCAUAGGCCUCCAGCUCUUUAUGGGCAACUUGCGACACAAAUGUGUCAGGGACUACACCCAAUUUAACUCUACCAAUGGCACAUUGUAUUUGGAUGGUAGAACAUGGAACAACUCAGAUGACUUUCUUAGUGAUCCAGUGAACUACUUCAUAAAAAAUGGUACAGAAGAUGUGUUACUUUGCGGCAAUAGCACUGACGCUGGCUCGUGUCCCGAGGGAUAUAUAUGCCUGAAGGCUGGGGAGAACCCUGACCAUGGCUACACGAGCUUUGACACUUUUGGCUGGGCCUUUCUCUCUUUGUUCCGUCUUAUGACUCAGGAUUAUUGGGAACGUCUCUAUCAACAGACUCUCAGAUCUGCUGGGAAGAUCUACAUGCUCUUUUUUAUGCUGGUCAUCUUCCUGGGCUCAUUUUAUUUGAUCAACCUGAUUCUGGCUGUUGUAGCCAUGGCUUAUGAAGAGCAGAACCAAGCCACUAUUGCUGAAACAGAGGAGAAGGAAAGGAAGUUUCGGGAAGCUAUGGAGAUGUUAAAGAAGGAGCAGGAGGCACUAGCUGCUAAAGGAAUUGAUUCAAUGUCACUUAGCUCAUUGGAAAUGUCACCUUUAGCAUCCAAAAAUGCUAAAGAAAGAAGAAACAGGCGAAAGAAAACAAAGUCUUUGGGGGCAGAAGAAUAUGGGGAAGACCAAAGGAAUCCCAAGACUGAAUACGAUGAUGGUCAGAGGAGAAUGACUCUCCUUGGCAUUAGUUAUGGUCCCAGUGCAAACUUGGUGAAGCGCAGAACCAGCCACGGAAGCAUAUUCAGUUUCCGACUCCGUGGCAAAGACACUGGCUCCGAAACAGAUUUUGCCGAUGAUGAGAUCAGCACUGCUGGGGAAAAUGAAAGCCAUCGAGGCGCUCUCUUAAUUCCAAGAUCUGGGAGGCGUCCAAGCGUGCAAAGUCAAGUGAGCCAUAGUUCUCACCCUGCUACUCCCAACUGCAUCCAGACGGGCAAAAGGAACAGCUCAGUGGAUUGCAAUGGUGUGGUUUCCCUGAUAGGAGGAGGCAUCGGGGCACUCAACCCAGACCCUACUUCUCCUGCAGGGUUACUGCUCCCCCCAGUUAUUAUGGAAAAACCUGGGACAGGCGACCUGACCUCUCCCUCUGAUGAGACGAGCAAGAGGCAGCUUCUGAUGCCCCACCGCUCAUCGGUGGACCACCCCGACGAGCCGUUCCAGAGGCAGCGGGCAGUGAGCGCUGUCAGCAUCAUCACCAGUGCCCUGGAAGAGCUUGAGGAAUCACACCAGAAAUGCCCUCCAUGCUGGAACCAUUUUGCUGUUAAAUUUCUCAUUUGGGAUUGCUGCCCGUUUUGGCUUUUAAUCAAAAAAUUUGUCAAGUUCGUGGUUAUGGAUCCAUUUACCGACCUCACCAUCACCCUUUGCAUUGUGCUGAACACACUCUUCAUGGCCUUGGAGCAUUAUAAGAUGACGAAGGAGUUUGACCACAUGCUUUAUAUAGGCAAUUUGGUCUUCACCGGGAUUUUUACAGCAGAGAUGAUCUUCAAAAUUAUUGCCCUUGACCCCUACUACUAUUUUCAGCAGGGCUGGAAUAUUUUUGACAGCAUAAUUGUCAUACUAAGUCUGAUGGAACUGGGUUUGUCCAGCAUGGGAAACCUGUCCGUUUUGCGCUCUUUUCGAUUGCUGCGAGUCUUCAAAUUGGCAAAGUCCUGGCCGACGUUAAAUACACUUAUUAAAAUCAUUGGUAACUCAGUGGGUGCCCUAGGUAACCUCACUCUUGUGUUGGCAAUCAUUGUUUUUAUUUUUGCGGUGGUGGGAAUGCAGCUUUUUGGGAAAAGCUACAUAGACAAUGUCAAGAAGAUAAGCACAACGGGCAAUUUACCACGUUGGCACAUGAACGAUUUCUUCCAUUCGUUCCUCAUUAUAUUCCGAAUUCUCUGCGGGGAGUGGAUCGAGACCAUGUGGGACUGCAUGGAAGUAGCUGGGCAACCACUGUGCCUUCUCGUCUUCUUGUUGGUCAUGGUGAUUGGAAACCUAGUGGUGCUCAACCUCUUCCUUGCCUUGCUGCUAAGCUCUUUCAGUGCUGACAACCUCUCAGCACCUGAUGAGGAUGGAGAGAUGAACAACCUACAGCUUGCUUUUGCACGGAUCAACAGGGGACUUCAAUAUGUGAAGCACACAACAUGGGAUUUUUGCUGCAACCUCCUCCGGCAUCCCAAAACAACAGCUGAAAAGAAGGCAAUGAUGAAACUUGCUGCCCAGAAUACGGGUGCUCUCAACAACUGUGUGAACAGCCACACAACUACCGAGCUUGGCAAAGACAAGGAGAGUUACAAGGAGAACCACACUGAGGAUGGCAUGAAUAAAAACGUGGAGAAGCACCUAGGAAUUAUGGACAACGAUGAUUUUAUGACCAAUCCUGACCUGUCCAUUUGUGUUCCUAUUGCUGUGGGAGAGUCUGAUAUUGAGGAGGAAGAUGAGGAGCAGAGCACAUAUACAGAAAUGGAGCAGGAUUAUUUCCAGCAGGAAAAGCAGCUGCAGCUGAGGGGGCAGCGAUGCCAAAGCCCAGGCGGCCGGAGUCAGAGCUCUGAGAUUUGCGAAGAGUUAAGUGAGUUGCACGUGGAUAAGCAGUUGAAGGCUGAGCCUCCACCUCCACACACUGCAAAAUUUGACAACAAGCUUGAUGAAAUCAGUCUUUCUGAAGGCAGCACAGUGGAUUUGACAAAUCCUGCAGAAUUGUUGGAGCAGAUACCUGAGUUUGCCGAGGAGCUGAUGGAGCCUGAAGAUUGCUUCCCUGAAGUAUGUGUCCGAUUCUUCCCAUGCUGUUCAGUGGAUAUCACAAAGUUUCCAGGCAAAAUUUGGUGGAGGCUGCGGAAAACUUGCUAUAGAAUUGUUGAGCACAACUGGUUUGAGACUUUCAUCAUAUUCAUGAUCCUGCUGAGCAGUGGAGCCCUGGCUUUUGAAGAUAUUUAUCUGGAAGACCGAAAAAAUAUAAAAACCAUGCUGGAAUAUGCUGACAAAAUAUUCACGUACAUCUUUGUCUUGGAGAUGCUUUUGAAAUGGGUGGCUUAUGGCUUCAAGAAGUAUUUCACCAAUGCCUGGUGUUGGCUUGACUUUCUCAUUGUAGAUGUCUCUUUAAUAAGCCUCAUAGCUAAUGCACUUGGAUACUCCGAGAUGGGUCCCAUUAAAUCCCUCAGGACACUACGAGCUUUGAGACCAUUAAGAGCAUUGUCACGAUUUGAAGGGAUGAGGGUGGUGGUCAAUGCCCUUGUAGGAGCCAUCCCUUCCAUCAUGAACGUCCUGCUCGUCUGCCUCAUCUUCUGGCUCAUCUUCAGCAUCAUGGGAGUAAAUCUGUUUGCUGGAAAGUUUGGGAAGUGCAUUAACAAGACAGAAGGAGAUAUGCCUUUAGACUCAAAAAUCAUUAACAAUAUGAGUGACUGCAUACUCUACAACGUAUCCGGCACGUUUUAUUGGACAAAAGUUAAAGUUAACUUUGAUAACGUCGGUGCUGGGUACCUGGCUCUGCUACAAGUGGCAACAUUUAAAGGUUGGAUGGAAAUUAUGUAUGCAGCAGUGGAUUCACGAGAGUGUGAGGAGCAGCCUGAAUGGGAAUGUAAUUUGUAUAUGUACCUGUAUUUCGUGAUUUUCAUCAUCUUUGGUUCUUUCUUCACGCUGAAUCUCUUCAUAGGUGUCAUUAUUGACAAUUUUAACCAACAAAAGAAAAAGAUAAGUGGACAAGAUAUUUUUAUGACAGAAGAACAGAAAAAGUAUUAUAAUGCAAUGAAAAAACUGGGAUCUAAGAAACCUCAAAAGCCAAUCCCAAGGCCAGUGAACAAAUACCAAGGUUUUAUUUUUGAUGUCGUCUCAAAACAAGCCUUUGAUGUCUCCAUAAUGAUUCUCAUCUGCCUUAACAUGGUUACUAUGAUGGUGGAAACAGAUGACCAAAGCCAAGAAAAAGUGAACAUCCUCCACAAAAUAAACAUGCUUUUUGUUGCCAUCUUCACUGGAGAGUGCAUCAUUAAAAUGCUUGCUUUGCGACACUACUACUUCACCAAUGGCUGGAACAUAUUUGAUUUUGUCGUUGUGAUUCUCUCUAUUGUAGGCACUGUGCUUUCUGACAUCAUCCAGAAAUAUUUUUUCUCUCCUACACUCUUCAGAGUCAUUCGCUUGGCUCGGAUCGGCCGGAUCCUAAGACUCAUCCGGGGAGCCAAAGGAAUUCGAACCCUCCUUUUUGCCUUAAUGAUGUCCCUACCUGCUCUGUUCAACAUCGGCCUCUUGCUUUUUCUUGUCAUGUUCAUUUAUGCCAUUUUUGGCAUGGCUAACUUUGCCUAUGUGAAGAAGGAGAAUGGGAUCGAUGAUAUGUUCAACUUCCAAACCUUUGCUAACAGCAUGCUCUGUCUCUUCCAAAUCACAACGUCAGCUGGCUGGGAUGGUCUUCUUAAUCCUAUUUUAAACACUGGACCACCGUAUUGUGACCCAAACCUCCCAAAUGCGAACGGUUCGAAGGGAGACUGUGGAAGCCCUGCUGUAGGGAUUUUAUUCUUUGUUACUUAUAUCAUUAUAUCAUUUCUCAUUGUUGUAAACAUGUACAUAGCCAUUAUUUUAGAGAACUUCAGUGUAGCCACUGAGGAAAGUACAGAGCCUCUAAGCGAGGAUGAUUUUGAUAUGUUCUAUGAAAUCUGGGAAAAGUUUGAUCCUGAAGCCACUCAGUUUAUUGAGUAUUCUGCACUUUCAGACUUUGCAGAUGCACUGUCAGAACCUUUGCGCAUAGCGAAACCAAACAAAAUUAAGCUCAUAGCAAUGGACCUGCCCAUGGUCAGCGGAGACAGGAUCCAUUGCCUGGAUAUUUUGUUUGCUUUUACAAAAAGGGUGCUAGGAGAAUCAGGGGAGAUGGAUGCCCUUAAAAUCCAGAUGGAAGAAAAGUUCAUGGCAGCGAAUCCAUCCAAGAUCUCCUAUGAACCGAUUACAACCACGCUCAGGCGGAAGCAAGAAGAGGUCUCAGCCAUCGUCAUCCAGCGGGCCUACAGGAGACACUUGUUUCGGCGCUCCAUGAAGCAGGCCUCCUACUUGUACCGGCACAGAACUUUUGACAGCAGCAUCCUUGAGGACGAUGCACCCGAGAAGGAAGGUCUCAUCGCAUUCAUGAUGAACGAAAACUAUGGCAGGCCGAUAGACAAAUCAGAGACUCUGUCCUCCACAUCCUUCCCUCCAUCCUAUGACAGCGUCACCAGAGGCACCAGUGAUAACCUCCAGCUGAAGAUUACGGACUCCAGCAGAAGCGAUGAGGCUAUAGAUUGUCUGCUCUCACCGGACAGAGAUAAAGAAUCAAUUGUUUAAAUGUUUGUUUAGAAUGCUUUAAAACAUUGUUUACAGAAUGUAAUGCUGUAACUACACAACGAUUGAAGCAGCCUUCUUAUUAAGCAUUAGUUGCAAAAGAAGCGAUGGAGUUUUUACCCUUAACUACAGGAGUCUAAUAAGUCAUAUAACCUCUGACCCUGCUCUUUUUGACUUGGCUCAAUAUUUAUAUUUAUAUAUGCACAGGACAAAUCUCUGCAGGGUCACAGCUGUUAUAUCAAUGGUGUGAAUAUGAAUAUGCUAGACUGUAAAACAGUAAACACAGUGUAUAUCUAUCCACAGAUAAAGCCUGGCUGUAUACAUUCAUUUAAGGUCUUACUCAUAUUAGUGUGUUUACUUAUGGCAAUGUAUGACCUUGCAUUCUAAAAAGAAAAAAAAAAUAUAUCACAGCUGCUGUAGCAAAAUGUAACACUUACUGUAUAUGUUGUGAAUGGUCUUUCAUAAAUUUAUUAUAUUUGAUAUUUU